GGAUCCGAGUCACGGAAUGAAUCAAGACUUGGAUGCUUCUGAACUGAAGCAGCCAUUGAGUUUACAGCACGCGUAAACAUGAUCAGAUAAAGUGGCAUUCUUGCCGGAUGGGACAAAAUCAGCUUCUGACAUCCUCCUGACCCAGCAGAUGUUUUAUAAAAAUGCUCAUUGAAUGUCAGCUCGCCCCGAGAACUACUCACGCUCUUCGCUGCAGCUGCUCCGAGCAUUUCGUUCUAACGGUUGCCGGGCAGAAUGUCGAUGUCGAUGCUAUCACUCCCCCUCCUCCUCCUCCUCCUCCUCUCAAUUCCCCUAAUCUUCGACAUAAUCGUAACAAUUCUCUCGAACCCUUCUUCGGGUUUCUACAAAAUCUCAUAUCCAGAAGCACGACAGAUCGGUAUUCUUCCACACUUACGAAGGUUUUUUUUUUCACGGCUACAGAAAAUUUUGGGAUUGAUGAUUUUUUGCCGGAUGGAGUCUGAGACGAAUUGGGAGGGAUGCUUAGGUUGGAAACAUGUUGGGUGGGUUCCGUUCAGGUUGAUUGGGAGGAUGGGGAUUUCACUUGAGCAUUUUGUUUGGGAACUUGAUUUGGAACGAUAUGAAGGUUGUUCGUUGAAAAUACGCGAGGUUCAUUCAAAAUGCUCUAUGGGCUCCAUGCCUCGCGAGCUGAUUUCUGGGACCAAUCUUUCGACUCAUUCUUGAGUUUGGAAUGCGCAUCACUCUUCUCUUACAACAGAGCUGCGCCGAACAUCAUGCUGAUGAACAUGGCGAGACACCCAACAAAUGGAGCAAUGUCAGUGCGCGCCAAUUGCACAGCAUUUGCAGCACUGGAAGCAGUACCACUACUAGUAGACGACGCGCCGCCACCGUAGGUAGUGCUGACAGCACCAGCAUUGGCAGAUGCAGUCGUCGAAGAACCGCCACCGGCGUUUUGUGAUCCGUCACCGCUGAGACCUGGGCCAUCACCAGCGCCGUUCUUCAUGUACUUCUCAGCACCGGUUGGCAUUGCAGGGAGAGCGGAGCCUGUGAAAGGCUUGGUGUCCCACUUGUCGCUCUGCUCCGGGCAGUCUUGGACUUUGCCAUCGGUCGAGUAUCCACCUCCGUUGCUAGGGUCUGACACCUCCGCCAGCGCGGACUGCAGGUACGAAAAUUGCUUGCCGACAGGGGUGACAUCGUUCCCGGAAAUGGUGACGAUUCCGUAGCCGUUACCCUCAGCUGAGUACUCGUAGACCAGGCCACC